GCGAAUGUCAACUCAAGUGGUGACGAAUGGCGAGAGUUCAGUGAGUUGUUUAUAUUUUGGAUCACACUUCUUGCUGCAUUCCUGCCCACCGAUUGAAGAACAAUCUCGCUGAGUGGUAUUUUGCAAGAUGCUAGGGCCAAACUUCUCAAAACUCUUCCCAUCGCGAAGCAGCGCAGUGAUUUUCAUGUCAUACAUCGCACUGUUUGUGAAUCAAGGGAUUCUCGUGACAGCGUCCCAGGGAGAGGAUAACAAGUACAGCUUUAACACGGUCACUGUGGUGCUGCUGACUGAGCUUCUCAAGUUAAUCGUCUCGGCUUGUCUGUACUGCAAAGACCACUCCUUUAAGUCAUUGUGGAGUGAAUUGAGAGCGGGCUCUAAAGUUGUCGUGCUGUACUUCGUGCCAGCUUUUCUCUAUUGCUUGUACAAUAAUUUGGCAUUUGUGAACUUGUCAAGAUUCGAUCCGACCACAUACUAUCUACUGCUCCAGUUUCGUGUUGUGAUAACGGGAAUCCUGUUUCAGAUAAUAUUCAAGAAGUACUUGAGUCGCAGGCAGUGGCUCUCCUUGCUCCUCCUCACGCUCGGCUGUAUGGUGAAGCAGGUGAAUUUUUCCAAAGACGAGGCAAGUGAGGGUGUAGCGAAUGCUAAGAACACCUCGGGCUUCGAUUUUAGCAUUAAUGCCGUAUUUAUCUUGACUCAAACACUGUGCUCGUGUCUGGCAGGUGUUUACAAUGAGUAUCUAUUGAAGAGGGAGGAUACCAAUGUUAAUAUCUAUGUGCAAAAUGUUAUUAUGUAUGUCGACUCGAUCGUAUGCAAUGUGAGCGUGUUGCUAUUCCAAGGAGACCUCGUCGGUGCAUUUCAGAUGGAUAGCCUGAGAGCUGUGUUUAGACUUAAUGUUAUUGUUAUAAUGGUAAACAAUGCAGCCAUUGGCAUUGUCACGAGUUUUUUCCUCAAGUACAUGAACUCCAUCAUAAAGACCUUUGCCAGCGCCCUGGAGCUCUUCUUCACGGCAAUUCUCUGCUACAUUCUCUUCGCAAUACCAAUUUACCUUAACACCAUCCUUGCCAUUGGUGUGGUGUCGUUUGCCGUGUUCAUGUAUUCGCAGAAUCCAGUCGUGAAUCUGCCCGCCACAACCAAGAGUCCACAUGCAGUCAGUGAAGACACUGAGAAGCUGCUGAUGGCCGAGGAGGGACAGGUUAAGGAUCAAUCAUAAUACAGACAGCAUUUUCACAGCCAAACCCUCUUUUUUCGCGCGACUGAGGUUUUGCGCAAGUAUGACGAGGGGAAGUAAGAUAUCCCAAUUUUUGAAUGCCUUGGAGAGAAGUGAGAAAUUGAUAGAUUCAGUACUACUACUUUUGUGCCUUUUUUGCCUAAUUUCUGUGCAAUAAAGCAAUAAAUCCUAUAAUGCAUCUUAUCGCUCCUCGCACUGUGCAUUGUCACUUUUAUUGCUAUACUAAAUUGUGUAUAUCAUUGGCAUUCUCUAGGGUUGGGAAAUGAAUUUUCUGAAUUUGUUUGAGAGCUUAAAACACGAGCGCAAGAGUUCACUGACCUUUAGGCUAGUUUCAAAUGUGAUUUUAUGCAAAAUGCUCAGAUGAAAUAUUAUAUUACGAUGAGGAGCGACUCGAACAAUGCUUUUAUGGGUGAAAUGUGUUUUUGUCAAUCUAAGUUAACUUGACUAACCAUGUAGAAAUGGUUUGAAAUUAUAUAUGUGUGAAAUAUGGCUUCUUUCAAUACAUUUGCAAGGAAUACUUUAAUGAAAUGCACUCGAAAAGACGACCGUAGGAUAUAAAUUGAGGAGUUUUGCCGGGAGGAGCGAGAGAAGUACGAUGUGAAAGUUUGGAAGCUGGCAAAAGGCGGGCUACGAUGAAAACCCUUGUGUGGUUGUUGUAUCAAAGCAAAACUUCUCUGACUCCGCACUUGAAAUGCUGCCCAGCUUUGCUAAUUGUUGCAACACUCGAAACGUCCGAAUUUGCUCUUCCUACCAAUUCGAUCUGUUUUCCUUGAUUCACCAAAACCAAUUAGAAUGUUAUUUUGAAGCUGUAAAAUCAUGCAUUUUACGUCGAAAUUUUGUUGCCUUUUCGUGUGUUAAAGACUAAGUUUGCCUCAGCCUUUAUGAGGUCAUAAAGUAAUUCGAUUAUGUGGUGUUUAAUUAAUGAAAGAAUGAAAUAUGACCGAAAUUCGUACAAUUUCUCUUGACCUUUUUAUGCUUCUCCCACUCCUCGAUGGCGUCGGAAAUUAUUUGCGUAGGGCUGAAUUUCGAAAGCGACUAAUUUGGGGGCAAAACUACACGUGAAAUUGUAAAUAAAGUGUAAGAAAUGAAAUUGACCAAAUAAAUUAUUUAUAACUUUACUAAAA